AUGGAUUCGCGUAGCAACACUUCCAGACAGUCCGGCCACUUUUCCUACGAUGGUGAAGCAGAACGGUCGAUGAGGAGAGACAUGGAUAGCUCAGACGCAGGCUCGAUUCAUUCUUAUUAUUCCUCGUCCUCAAGACGAUCUCCGCCACCGAUUCCAACUACACCUAGAGCAUACCCAGGAACACCCCACUCACCUGGGGGUGAAAAAACUCCUGAAUUACCUCCUCGAAAGGGACCACCUAAAGAAAAACCGAUCCCACGUGCAAGGGGAGUGUACAAUACACUGCCCGUACGCGACGAUGCUACUGUUCCCAGAGUCGCACCGAUGGGUCGCAACCCUCGCGAGUCCAUGAUGGCCGACAGCAGCUUCCUGUCUGGAAAUGUCAUAGCCUUGAACGAACAGAACUUCGAAUUCUACAUCACACCCAAGGAGAAAGCUAUCAUCUACUUUUACGAUACCUCCUCAGGUCGAAACACUCAUCUUCAAAAUUCAUUUUCAGAUGCCGCUGAUUUACCCAUGCAUCCAAGCUACGGCUUUGGGGCUGUAAACUGUUUUCGCGAUCCCAACCUCUGUGACCGCUAUCAAGUUACACAGACACCAACUCUCAGACUCUUCUCCAACGGCUUCCUGGUGAGCAGUAUAAAUAGACCAGAAACCAUCAGCACCGAACAGAUGCAACAGUUGAUGAAAAUGACCCCUGUACUCACUCAGCCGCGUGCACAAAUUGGCAAAAAACUCAUCGAACAAUCAGAGGCUAAUGAAACCAAGAAGAAACAUUUCCCCUUUAGGUAA